GCCCGCCCACCCUCUCCUUCCUGCCCUUACAGACAGGUUCUCUCCCUCUUGCCCUUCUCCACAUGUUCUCUCCCUCCUGCCCUCUGUCCGCAGGUUUGCUCGCUCAUGUCGUUACCCUGGAUGCCCCUGCCAGCCUACCCUGUUCCUCGUGCCCCUAUCCACACGUUCUCUCCAUCCUUUCAUUGACCUCGAGAUCUCUCCCUCAUAUCCAUUACGAAACCUCGCGCGACCGGAUGUGCAUCGAUGCGCCUGAUGCGGGCAUUGACUUCUACACGACCUUCUACCUCCGCAUGGUGGACCUUCACACGGUUUUGGUGAUGGAGGGCUACGACGUGUCUUUCGUGGCUGUUCAGGAGGCAAUGACCGACAACAACUACAACGAUAAGUUCAAGCGUGUAUGGACGCAGUGGAAGAACGAGCGGGGGUUCCUGAUCAAGAGGCGGGUGUUGACGGAGCUAGGGGUGAAGGUCAAGUGGGCGAGGGGCUCCAAGAUCCAUGUGGACCUUGAUGACAAGAUGGCCCUCUGGCAUGACUUCAAGCCUCGAAGGAGGUUUGGGCAGUUGGUGAGCACCUGGGGCUCGGCGAAGCCACCCCCAGGGGUGCACUCCGGGCAGCCUUUUGCCAACAAGAUCUUCUUUCAGGCGGCGUUCGAUGCGUUUCAGCAGUGGGCUGUAGCGGGGAAGCUCUGUCUGAAGGCGUAUCACAUUGCCUGGAUUAUCAUGGUGGUAUGUGCAGGGGUGGCAUCACCACACCGUUCAGGGCAGGGGACGGAUACAACUGGGACGGAAGUGGAGCCAAUACUGGCGUGUGCUGGGUUCAUAACCAUGGGGUGUUUGCAGAUGCAUGAUGUGGCAGCGUCGUUUGAGGGGUGGGGUGCUGGCAGCGAAAUGAUGUGAAACAGUGGGUAUUGAUAAAGCCGCUCACAGCAGCGGCAAGAACUGGAAGUUGUGGUUGGGAGCAUUUGUGAUAUGAGGCACCGGCAGCAGCGCAUGAGUGGGUUCGGCAUCAGGCUGUGGUGGGGGGGGGGGAGUUAAAGGGUUGAGGCAACAGCGGGCGCGAGGAAUGGAUAUGAGCAUCAGCUUGGGGAGGGGGGGGAUAGGGGACUGGGGGAUGAGGCACAGGUGGCAGCAGCAAGGGAGGGGUCUCAGCAGCAGCCUGUGGUGGGGGGAGAGGGGAUUCGGGGAAUGAGGCACAGGUGGCAGCAGCAAGGCAGGGGUCUCAGCCGCAGCCUAGGGU